UCCUAGGAUUUCUCUGCUGUAGGAUUGGAUACAUGUGUCUGAGUGAGAGGAUGGAGUCUAGCAAUGAGAGCUUAUCAGUACCGACCUUAAAACCAUUUACACCUCAGGAAGCCAAAGACAUUAUUCAGAGUCUGAAUCAUCCAGCUGUGUUCAGCAAUAUGGUUUCUGACUGGCCAGCAUUACACUGGAAGACCAGCUUUCUGUCCUGUGUUCUAGAAGAGGUCCUCCUCCGGUUCAGAAUUGGGAGGAAGAAAACCAGUACAGAUCCUCAGUUUGAAACUCAGUGUGAAUACGUUCAUGGGACUUUAAAACAAUUUGAUGAUUGGGUCUGCGGAUUAUCUCCUGAUAUCACGAGUCCCUUCAGUCGUUAUGAUAUCUCUGAAUUCUGGGUCUAUGCAGAUUACAAAUACCUGGCUGAAGUCUUUAAAGACAAAAGUGAUUUGCUUCAGGAUAUAGUAUGGGCAGACUUUGGCUUUCCUGGGCGCGAUGGCCAAGAAAGCACCAUUUGGAUUGGCAGCACAGGUGCCAACACUCCUUGCCACCUAGACACGUAUGGCUGCAAUCUGGUACUGCAAGUGGAAGGGAGAAAAACUUGGUACCUCUUCCCACCAGAAAACACCGCUCAUCUCUACCCAACCAGGAUACCCUAUGAGGAAUCAAGUAUUUUCAGUAAAGUAAACAUAGUAAAUCCCGACAGCACUCGCUUCCCUUUGUUCUCUGGAGCUUGUCCUCAUGUGGUUACUUUGCAUCCCGGCCAGGUCCUCUUUGUACCACGUCACUGGUGGCAUUAUGUGGAGUGUGUUGAUGAAGCCACUGUUAGUGUUAACACCUGGAUUGAACUAGACGCGGAUCAUGAAGCGCGUGUGGAAGAAGCUAUUACCAGGAUGCUGGUAUUUACCUUCAAAUCUUCUGAGAGCUCUUCCCAGGAAUGGCUGAAUCCCACUGAGGAACAGCUUACAACGCAUCAUACAAAUCUGCAGUAUUUAAACAGUGCGGUUUCUGCCUACAUGGAAUGUCACAGUAGAACUUUAGACAAAGUUGAUGUCAGUAAGCAGGAUCGAGAGAUCAAGAAGAGGAGGACUCACAGUGAUAUAAUAUUGUCAUCUACAGCAGAUCCUCCAUUUGGAGAACAUCUGAUGCCUGUUUUAUCAAAACCUUCAGGAAAAGGUUUUGAAAGUACAGCACCAAGUAAUGCUGCAACAGAUUCUCAGCAGCAGAGUCACAGAUCAGAGGAAAGUCCUUGUUCACAGCAAACAUUGUGCAUCCCACAGAGAGAACCAUCUGCGCUAGGAGCAGAUUCAAAGCCUUCCAAGAGAACAAUAUCCAGUGAUGAAGUGUUGGAUUGUUUAGUAAAUCCACAAGUCAUGCACUUGGUUGCAGAGCUACUGCUGCAAAAACAGGCAACCAAAGCAUAGCGGUGAAGAAUUCAGUGCAGACAGUCUGCAGAGACCACAAAUGACUCUACUAAGACCUUUCGUAACCUAUCUUUUAUUAUUAUCGGUUAUUUGUAGAGCACCAACAGAUUCCACAGCGCUAAUCUUUUGUAAGUUAAAUGCACAGUCUCACCCAUAAAACAAAACAAGCUCUUUAUAGAGAACCUUAAAUCUGUUGAUGCAGUGUGGUGGCCAGUUUCCUAAAUUAAACUGUUCUUUAGAUGUAAACUCUACUUUUUAUGAUACUACUUGUUAGUUUAUUAAAGGUUGUCAUAUAAUUACAGGAUAACAGAUCGCAAAAUUGUUAAUAAGAGAAACGUCAUCUCAUCUACAAAAUAGAAUGUAGAACCACAUGUCACCUUAUCCAGGUACAUAUUAGAAUGUUAAAUACUUAUCGUAAAAACAAUGCCCAUAUGAUGUUUAAUUAUAUGAUUGGUAAGAUUUUAGCAGCCUUUUGUGUAGGCCUUCUUGUUUUUUGAAGCAAUGGACUUAAAUUGCAGAUAUUACAAUUUAAACUCGAGUUGUGCAAAAUAUUUAUAGAACAGGCAGCAUUGUUAUGAUGUUAUUUAAUAUUAAACCUCUAAAUCAAAUAUAUUGCUGUAAUGUAUGUGUGUCUAAAUAUGACGACUUCCCCAAGGUGAAGAUGUAACAUUAAUGAAAAUAAAUACAAAUUAACUGCU